AUGAUGAAGAAGAGCUCGUCACCGUCGUCGGUGGUACCACUCGUCUUUCUGUUGGCUUUUCUCCUCGUCGGCGGAUUGGAGGCGGCCAAUGAGAAGAAGAUUUGUUACGGAAAUGUUGUGGUGAAGGCCAACUGUGUGAUAGAUAAAAUUUGUACGGCUGCUUGCGUUGAGAAAUAUGGAAAGACAGCGUUUGGCCAUUGCGAGGAUAUCCGCUACUGUGUUUGCUACUAUUUAUGUUGA